AUGGUGAAGAUCUGUUGUAUUGGAGCUGGAUAUGUUGGUGGUCCAACAAUGGCUGUGAUUGCACUCAAAUGUCCACACAUUGAAGUAGCUGUUGUUGAUAUCUCCGUUCCUCGGAUCAGCUGGUACAGUGAUCAGCUUCCGAUUUACGAGCCAGGUCUUGAAGAUAUCGUUAAGCAAUGCAGAGGCAAAAACCUCUUCUUCAGCACCGACGUGGAGAAGCAUGUGAGAGAAGCUGACAUCGUCUUUGUCUCUGUCAACACACCGACCAAAACGACCGGUCUUGGAGCUGGCAAAGCUGCAGAUCUCACUUACUGGGAGAGUGCUGCUCGUAUGAUCGCGGAUGUAUCUGUCUCUGACAAGAUCGUGGUCGAGAAAUCGACUGUGCCUGUGAAAACAGCUGAAGCAAUCGAAAAGAUUCUGAUUCACAACAGUAAAGGAAUCAAAUUUCAGAUCCUCUCGAACCCGGAGUUUCUCGCAGAAGGAACUGCAAUCACCGACCUUUUCAACCCUGACCGUGUCUUGAUCGGAGGGCGAGAGACACCAGAAGGAUUCAAAGCUGUUCAGACACUCAAGGAAGUUUAUGCCAAUUGGGUUCCUGAAGGUCAAAUCAUCACCACAAAUCUCUGGUCUGCCGAGCUUUCCAAGCUAGCUGCAAACGCUUUCUUGGCUCAGAGGAUCUCAUCGGUCAACGCCAUGUCUGCUCUUUGCGAAUCCACCGGUGCUGAUGUCACUCAAGUGGCUUACGCCGUUGGUACUGAUUCAAGAAUUGGUCCCAAGUUCUUGAACGCUAGUGUCGGAUUCGGAGGUUCUUGUUUCCAAAAGGACAUUCUGAAUCUUGUCUACAUCUGUCAAUGCAACGGACUUCCAGAGGUUGCUGAAUACUGGAAACAAGUGAUCAAGAUCAACGAUUACCAAAAGAACCGGUUCGUGAACAGAAUCGUCUCUUCUAUGUUCAACACUGUUUCCAACAAGAAGGUUGCGAUCCUCGGAUUCGCGUUCAAGAAAGACACAGGAGACACAAGAGAGACACCAGCGAUUGAUGUGUGUAAAGGUUUGUUAGGAGACAAAGCGCAGAUUAGCAUCUACGAUCCACAAGUCACUGUAGAUCAGAUCCAGAGAGACCUUUCGAUGAAGAAGUUCGAUUGGGACCAUCCGCUUCAUUUGCAGCCAAUGAGCCCGACCACGGUGAAACAAGUGAGCGUGACCUGGGACGCGUAUGAAGCGACUAAAGACGCACACGCGGUUUGCGUUUUGACAGAGUGGGAUGAGUUCAAGUCGUUAGAUUACCAGAAGAUCUUUGACAAUAUGCAGAAACCGGCUUUUAUCUUCGAUGGAAGAAACGUUCUGAAUGUUGACAAGUUGAGAGAGAUUGGUUUCAUCGUUUACUCCAUUGGUAAGCCACUUGAUGCUUGGCUUAAGGACAUGCCUGCUUUUGUCUAAAUGAGAAAAAGGUAAUAACAAUCUGUUCGAUUCUUUCCUUUUGAUCGUUUGUGCUUUUGCUUCAGUUUCAUAUAAUUUUAGUCUCGAGACUCAAAUUUGUGAAAGUCUUGAAGAGUUGUUUUUUUUUUUACAAUUUACAGUGUUUUUCUUCUUAUGUAAGCUCUGUUAUUUUGUGUGUUUCACAUUUUGUCAAGACUCAAAGAGACAUAUACUUGAAUUGCGGUUACAUCAUUUUU